AAGGAGAGAGACGAAACGCAGACCUCAGACCAGCCCACCUCACCUCAUUGUCCUCUCUUUCUCAACUGGGUGUCCCUAGACAAAUCUGACUGCGGAUCAGCACACUCGGGCUCCCUCGACACUACGAGUUACACCAACUGGGACUGAGACCAGAGGAAAUCGUGUUCGUCUGCAGCCAAGUCCGCACGCCAAGACACAUCCACAGCAGACCACGGCGAGGGAACGGACGGUGUGAUAAGAAGGGACUGAGACCAAGGGGAAGGCUGGUAGGAAGAAGUGAGGGCUUUAAUGCAAAAACACGUUUAGCGGCGACAGCAGAGAGGACUGGCUGGCACGGCAUAAGGAGAAGCAUUACGUGUAGCUAAUUUUCAACAUUUUCUAUUAUUGGCAGCGAGAGUGUGCUCUCCGAGCCACAUUUAUAAAGAGAGCUAGCGGAAUGUAAUGCUAGCCAGCUAGCUAAUGUUAGCUGGCUAAUUAGCUUGUCAGGCAUCCAGGAGUCGGACGUGUGAUCUUUACUAAAAUAGGUCGCUGUUUGGUUGGCGUGGCUCUACGUUUUGGAAAAAAGCUGUACUUAUUGUGCUUUGUCCGGAAUCCUGGCAUGGUCAUAAUGGUCUGUCUCGAAUAGCUAACGCUAAGUUAGACAAUAAACAGUGUAAGCUGUCUAUAUUGAUGAAAAUUUGUUCAAUAUUAUACGUCUGCGCGUCUUAGGAAAAGCCAGAGCCAUUGUGAAUAUCGAGCUGAGAGGAAAAAGGCAAAGGUAAAAACAGACUUUUGACUGGUGACUGUCUGCCGUCCAAUGUUAAUGUCGACCGACGUUGCAUCUAUAAUGCUACCCGUUAGUCGGGGAAUAAUGGACCGGGAAAGAGACAUUGAUACAGCAGCCGGACCCCAUGCGAACGCGGCCGGGGGUCCAGCAGCUGUCCGGGGGAUGAAGCGAGGAGACCCGGAGCCCGACGCUCAGACAGCCGCUGCCCUGACUGACUUAACCGGGGCGGAGUGCAAAAGACCAAGAAUAGACGGGACCGGGAGUGUUGUUGGUGACAUUGGACAGAACAAUGAGCCUUUAAACCCCGGUUUCCAUGGAUACCCAUCUCACACUCAGGGCUCUCAAGAUUCGACAGGAGGACAGGAAGUUUUGGUGGCCCCACCCUUUACAGCGUUCCCACCUCCACCCCCACCUCAAAACGGACUCCCUGGGACAGAGUUUGGCCCUGGGGCCAUGUUUGGUGCUGGGGGCCAAGGAACAGCAGAGGUAGGGGCUGGAGCUAAUGGAGCCACCACCACUACCACCACCAACAACAACAAUGGAAAGACAGAUGAGACAUCCCAGGGUGAGGCAGGUGUACAGUGCGGUACAGGAGGCACAGGAGUAGGAGGCUCUGCAGGAGACUCCCAAGAGGCCAAAGGGACCCCCAAACGCCUCCAUGUCUCAAACAUCCCCUUCCGUUUCCGGGACCCAGAUCUCAGGCAGAUGUUUGGGCAAUUUGGGAAGAUACUGGAUGUAGAGAUUAUUUUCAACGAGAGGGGUUCAAAGGGUUUUGGCUUUGUGACAUUUGAGAACAGCACAGAUGCAGAGAAAGCCAGGGAAAAGCUCCAUGGCACAUUGGUGGAAGGUCGUAAAAUUGAGGUGAAUAACGCCACUGCCAGGGUGAUGACUAACAAGAAAAUGGUCAGCCCUUACCCCAACGGAGAGGCUCUCAGCACACUGCCUUAUGCGGGGUGGAAAUUGAGCCCCAUGGUGGGGGCCGUGUACGGACCAGAGCUCUACGCAGUCCCAGGGUUUCCCUACCCUUCAGCAGCAGCAGCAGCCACGACAGCAGCAGCAGCAUUUCGUGGUGCCCAUCUUAGGGGUCGUGGCCGGCCUGUCUACAGUGCUGUGCGGGCUGCUGUGCCUCAGCCUGCCAUCCCUGCCUACCCAGGUGUGGUGUAUCAAGAUGGGUUUUACGGAGCUGCAGACCUAUACGGAGGCUACCCUGCUGCUGCCGCCGCCGCCGCCUAUCGCUACGCCCAGCCAGCUGCCGUAACUGGAGCAACUGCAGCAGCUGCUGCCUACAGUGACAGUUAUGGCCGGGUGUACACUACAGAUCCAUACCACGCUUUAGCUCCAGCUGCUGCUGCUUAUGGAGUGGGAGCCAUGGCCAGUUUAUACCGGGCAGGAUACAGUAGGUUUGCUCCUUACUAAAACCACAAAUCAAACCCAAGGAAUUUAACAUCGCUCCAAAACACUUUUUCAAGCUCCUUGUUUGACAGGAGCUCCCCUCCAGUUUUCUGCAGGCAGACUAUAGUGACAACUCAUGUGUUUUUUUGUUUUGUUUUUUGUUUUGUUUUUUUUUUUUGUUUUGUGGCAAGAGAGGCCAUUGCCGCAUCAUCAACUCAAACUCUGUUUCUGUACUCUUCUGUUUGUUGCUGACAUGGAAACAAUGGAAAAAAAUACUACCAGGAGUGUUUCCCACAUAGAAAGCUGGAGCCUACUACUUUGAUCUACGUGGCACAAUUUAGGAUGGUUCUUAGAAACACUAUGGGAACUGGAAGGAGAGAGACUGCUGUUCCUAUGUGAUCCUGAACACUACAAACCUUUUUCCUAAGACUCGCUGAACUUACAGUAUAUCCACUGCCCUAUAAGACCUAAUCAGACCUAUAUAUACAUACUUAACAUUCAACACCAAGUAUACGGUUUCCUCUAGUUUACAUUUUCCUUUAGUGUUGACCUGCACAGAAUGAUAGAACUGUCACUGCACAGCAUUACUAAAAAAGGUACUUAUGUUUUUAAACACUACAUUGAUGUAAAGCUACCCUCUCACAGCAGAGACAUCCCUCUGGCUUAACAUUGUGGUAUAAUAAUGAAAAAAAUUAAUCAAACUCUGGCUGCUCAAUCCAGAGGAUGUAGGAAUUAUUCUUGUUAUUUUGUGAAGCUGGAAUCCCGAACAUUCAGUUUGAAGGAACUUGGGAGCAUCUGACUGACAGAAACUACUGUUGUCCUGGUAACAGCAAACUAUGAACAUCAAGACAUUGGGAAAAAGUCUCUUGUUUUUGUCAUUUUCCGACAUUUCCCAACUUCCCCCAAGUGUACAAGAAAAUACAAGAAAACAAAAACUGUUUAAAAAGAGAAUUUUAAAAAAGUGAUAAUGACAAGGAAAAAAAACGAGUGACUUUGUUUUUUCUGCAUUACCUCAGUUUUUUUCUUUCAUAGAUUCAGUUUUGCUGCCAUUGAUAAGAAGUUGCAUAGACAUGUCAUUUUAUAUAUGUACAUGUGUGUAUAUAUAUCUAUAUAGAUAUAGAUAUAUAUAGACAUAUAUAUAUGAGAG